AUGGUUCGAGAAAGUUUGAUCAGGGCGAUCAAGUAUCACGGUCAGCCUCGGGGACUCACUGACCUGCAAAAAAAGUUUAUAGCCGACGUCUAUGAUUUCCUGAACAAAUUCCUAGAUAAUCGCGUUUGGUUGGCCGGCGAUUCAGUCACAAUUGCCGAUAUAAGUUUGCUAGCGACCACCACGUCGCUCAACUCCGUCAUACCCGUCGACGCAGCUCAGUUUCCGAAUGUGGUUAGGUGGUUGGAGGGCGCCGAGGAGCUGCCUUUCCUGAAAGUCAACAAACCGGGACUAGAGGCUUUCAGCGCGAAUGCGAAAAAUAUAUUGACUGUGUAA